UUCACGGAAGAAGUGCAUGUUGGGAGAACACGUGGAUACGUAGUCUGACAGCUGGAAACAUGGCUGACAAGAAUCUUACUGCUGAUGAGCGGUUCCUUCGGGUGAAGAAGGACCCUCGCUUCUGGGAGAUGCCCGAGAAGGAAUGUAAAAUCAAGAUUGACAAGAGAUUCCAGUCCAUGUUCCACGACAAGCGCUUCAAGCUGAAGUACACUGUGGACAAGCGAGGCCGACCCAUCAACCACUCCUCCACUGAAGACCUUAAGCGCUUCUAUGCCCUGUCAGAUUCUGACGAGCCAGACGGUCAUGAAGACAAGGAUGAGGGGAAGAAAAAGAAAAAGAAACAGAAGUCAAAAACAAAGGUGGAUUCUGAAAAGGGACGGUGUGCUGAGGAAGCGACAGAGGGGGGAGAAGUGGUGGACUUGGCUGUGAAAACCUCAGAUGAAGCAGGAAGGAAGCAGACUGUGAAAUCCAAAGACAUUCAAGGCAAAUCCAGGGACCACAAGGAAGCUGUGAAAUUUAGAGGAGUCAAAGAGGAAGGCGAGGGAGAGGAGUCUGAUGUUGAGAGUGACGAUGAUUUGGAGGCGGACUCCUCAUUUGAUGAAGAUGAUGAUGACGAUGAUAAUGGCAGUAAGGAAGAGGGUGAUGAGGAAGAGGAUGAGGAGAGUGACUCGGAGGGAGAGUCAGAGGAGGACAGUGACAGUGACAGUGGGCCGGACCUGGCUAGGGGUAAGGGCAAUAUUGAAACCAGCUCUGAUGAGGAGGACGACGAUGUGGAGGAGCUGCUGAGGCGUGAAGAAGAGGAAAUAGAACACGACUGGGGUGAGCUGUGGAAGGAUGCCCCUCGAAAUGACACAGUAACUCGGAGGCUUGCUGUGUGCAACAUAGACUGGGACAGGCUGAAAGCCAAAGACUUGCUGGCUUUGUUCAACUCCUUCAAACCCAAGGGAGGGGUUGUGUUCUCUGUGAAGAAAUACCCCUCUGAAUUUGGAAAGGAGCGGAUGCAGGCGGAGCAGACACAGGGACCAUUGGAGCUGGUCACACUGCCAGAGGACCCUGACAAAGACACAGAGGAGGAGAAGAUUUAUCGUGAGAAAAUGAGGGAAUACCAGUUCAAGCGCAUGCGGUACUUCUACGCUGUGGUGGAGUGCGACUCCCCUGACACGGCCAGCAAGAUCUACGAUGAAUGCGAUGGGUUUGAGUAUGAGAGCAGCUGCUCCAUUCUGGAUCUCAGGUUUAUUCCGGAUGACGUAACAUUUGACGAGGAGCCAAAAGAUGUUGCUACAGAUGUGGACUUGGCCUCCUACACCCCCAAGUACUUCACCUCAACAGCGACGGCAACUUCAAAAGUGGAGCUGACCUGGGAUGAGACAGACCAUGAGCGGGUCACUACACUCAGCAAGAAGUUCAAGAAGGAUGAAAUUCUGGACAUGGACUUCCAGGCAUACCUGGCCUCUUCCAGUGAAGAGGAAGAGGAGGAGGAGGAGGAAGAGAAGGAAGCUAAAAGUGCAGGUGAUACAAAGUCAGAAUCAGAGAAGAAGUCUAAGAGGAAUGAUGCUGAGCAGAUUGCUAAGUACAGGGAACUUUUGAGGGGCAUUCAGGACAAGGACAGCAAACAGCAAGACAAAGCAAUGGAGAUGGAGAUUACCUGGGUGCCAGGACUGAAAGAGACAACUGAACAGCUGGUGAAGAAGAAACUGGAAGGGAAGGACAAACUGACCCCAUGGGAGGAGUUUCUGGAGAAGAAAAAGCAGAAGAAGAAACAGAAAAAAGCCAACGCAAAGCAGGAGUCUGACCUCAGUGAUGACGAACUGCCACCAGAUGUAGACCUCAACGACCCCUACUUUGCUGAAGAACUGGAAGGAACAUCUCUGAAGAAAAAGACAAAGUUGAAGAAGAAUAAGAAGUUGAAGGAAGAGGAAAGGACACCAGCGGAAGAAGAAGCUUUAGAGAAACAAAGGGCGGAGAUGGCUCUGUUGAUGGACGAUGAAGAGGAUGACAAGCACAAGCAUUUCAACUACGACAAGAUUGUAGAACAUCAAAACCUUAGCAAAAAGAAGAGGAAGAAGCUGCAGAAGAAGAAUGAGCUGCUGGAGGAGGAUGACUUCGAGGUGGACGUGAAGGACCCCCGGUUCCAGGCCAUGUUCACAUCCCACCUGUAUAACCUGGAUCCCUCAGACCCAGGCUACAGGAAAACCAAAGCAACCCAGAGUAUCCUGGAGGAGAAACUGCGGCGCCGGGAGGAGCAGCAGCAGAGCCGGGAGGAGGCCGUCAAGAGGAAACUGCAGGGACUGGAGCAGGAAGCGGAUGGCAGUUUGCCCAAGGCAGGGUCAAAGAAGACCAUGGACCCUGGGCUGUCCAUGCUCAUCAAGUCCAUCAAGAACAAAACGGAGCAGUUUCAGGCCAGAAAGAAACAAAAGACAAAAUAGGCGCAACCCUUAUGCGGACACCAAA